UAGCCAACACUAAACAGAUUAAAGCUUUGAAAAAUCAGUCAAAAUCAGGUAAAUUCUGCUAAAAUGCACCAGUAAACGCACAAAAAUCACAGACAAAAACAGAAAAGAUGGAAUCCUCAUCGAAGGACCCCUCCUCGGAAGGCGACCAGCCCGAGGAUGAAGGCAUGACGGGAUCGGAACCCAGCAAAAUAUCGCGACUGUUGCGAACGGAAUUCGAUGCCAAAUACCAAAUCGUAAACCUGCAGACUCCUCUCAAUGCCUUUAUGUCGGGUCAUUAUAAGCAGAGCUUCGCCUUCUUCACACUCAGGAGUCGCCUGCCCGUCAUCCUGACCAACGUGAUAGACACGCUGACCCGGGACAAAUCCGAGCUGGUAGCCCAAUUCGCCUCACAUGAGUUUUCCCAGGCUGCUCGCGAGGAGCUCAAGAUCAUCAUUGGAUUGAUCUCCAGGCUAAAGUACGAGCUGCAAACGGACAAAUCGUUUCAAAACUUCACAGGCGAAGAACCUGAUAAAGAAGUCUGGAACAACUUUAUCAGCAGUCUGCCCGAUGGCGAACGCAGCUUCUAUAGGGCCAGCUCCCUCCAUGCCGAGUGCUAUCUGCACAGAAAACUGCACUCCUUUCUGGAGAACAGCGUGUUCCUGAAGUCCUACGAUUUCUUCGCCAAGGUCAAGGAGCAGGCGCUCACGGAUAGCAUUGACGAUGUACUUGCCCUGACCAAGUACACACGGCGAUCAGAGAAUGAAGUGGAGGUGUUCGACGAGCUUCUGAGAAUCAACAUGUGGAGCAACUGUAAUGAUUUGGCGACCGACACGGUCAAGCAAACGAACCGCCAGGUGCUGGAGAAAGUGUCAGCCACCGAUGAGCACGUACUGGUUAACCAGGCAGCAGAGAUCUGGAGGUGCUUGGAAAAUCCGAAGCUUAAGAAGCAAAAGCAGGUGGACUUCAUACUGGACAACGCCGGCUACGAACUGUUUAGCGACUUUAUUCUGGCUGAGUUCAUGAUUGAGAAGGGACUGGCCAACAAGGUGCGGUUCCAUGUGAAGGCCCACCCUUGGUUCGUCAACGAUGUGACGGAGCGGGAUUUCAAGUGGACGCUGGAGUACUUGAGUCAGCAUGCGGACUACAUUAUAAGUCUGAUAGGCAAGAAGUUCCUACAAUUCAUCGAUGAGGGAAAGUUCGAACUGGCGCCAAUCUCGCAUUUCUGGACAUCACCGCACUCUUUUUACAGCAUGGCGCAAAUGGAUCCAAAUUUGUAUAGUUCCCUGCAGCAGUCCAAGCUUGUGGUUUUCAAGGGUGAGCUCAACUAUCGCAAGCUGCUGCAGGACGUUUGCUGGAUGCCCACCCAGGAGCUGAGCACCUGCCUCCGCGGCUUCCUUCCCAGCAAUAUUUGUGUGCUGCGGAGGGUCAAGAGCGAGGUCAUGUCCGGCCUGCCCGACGGAGUUGGCCAGGCGCUGAGUAGAAAGGAUCCCCGCUGGAUGGUCUCGGGCAGUUAUGGGGUCAUUCAGUUCGUGGACGGAACCCGUGAAUUUGGCUAUUAAUCUUGUAAAGGCUGGUCAGUUUAAAUUAUCGGUAAUAAAUAGUCGUUACAUAUCUCGAAACCAAAA